UUAAUUAAAUGUUAAAUAUGCUUAAUCAAAUAUCAAGGACUAAAAUUAAAAAAAAAAAUCAAUAUUUGAGGACUAAAAUGUGAAAAAUUAUUAAACUCAACCGCUAAGCAGCAAAAUGUCGUUAUAUAACUGGCGCGCAUUCAUCAUUUCAUCUUCAAGAAAUCAGUUAGAAAGAAAGAAAUUACAGUUCCAAGAAACAGAAAACAUAUCAAAAUAUGACUUACAACAUUCACAGUUCCUCCACAGUCCACCACCACCACCCUUCUGUCACUACCACCGCCACCAUCUCCGGUGAAAAAACAGAAAACAAUACAGUGUCUCUAAAGAGAAAAAAGUCUCAUUCACCACCACUCUCUUCUCCUAAAAGAGUCACUCUCAAUUCACCAAUUACUGCUUUUUCACCCUUGUCCAAAAGGGUGUCUGCUAAAUCACCUUUUUCUACCAACACCACUAAUGCCACGGUGGCACCACCAUUACCGCUAUUUUCAAGAUUCACAACAACAACACAGCCUAAUAGUAUCAAGAAUCUGCGCCGAACACUCUCAGAACCACCAGUUUUUAAAUCUUUUACUGACUUUUGUCAUUACAUCAAUUCACAGUCACCAGAAAAUGACAAGAACAUUAAUUCAAUCUCUGUGAAAUCGCAGCGUCUUCCUAGAUCAAUUUCUGCUCCCACUGAUGCUGAUAUUCUGGACGUGAAGGGACAAAAAGAGUUAUUAAAUGAACAAGAUACUACUGCUCCUGAUAAUGAAGAGAGUAACAGUGACAAUUCUGAGACAUUAAAACAACUUACCAAUGAAGAUACUGCUUCUGAUAAAGACGAGGACACGAGUAACAAUUCUGAGAAGUCUUAAGGGUGGAAGCUGGUGACAUGGCAUGCAUGCAUGGAGAUCUUUCAAUCGUCACAGGAACUGUUCAUAAAAAUAAUAUUGACCACGUUAAAUGUUAGUUACGUUUUAGUGAAAUAGUGGCUCUUCUAGGGUUUUAUUUUCUUUGCUCUUCUAACUUGUUAUAUCAUCUUACAACAGUUGUAUAGUGUUGCUAAUUUUUUCUUCUAUUAAUGUUGAGAGGUGUGUCAAAAGCUAGGUGCAUCAGAUCGUGAAGCACAUUAAUUAGGACUAGAUAAUUGUAACAUUUCUUAAGUUGCAGUUAUAUGGAUGAUUUGGGAGCUUUUUGAUCAUGUUAUAUACUAUAUGCCAUGUUCUCCUUCG